UGGAACGGAUUCUGUCCGUGACAUUUUUGAGGCACUUUUCGUUUUCUGAGACGAAAAAUAUCAAUAAUGAUCAUAGUUUCACUGAAAAUUGUAGUUGCGAUAAUAUCGCUAUAAUAUUUCAAUUGACCUUCACUUAAAAUCAUAAGAAUGUGUGAUGUUUGUUCCGAGUUUUCGCAGCUUUUAUUAAAUUGUGAGGCGAGGCUAACAGACGAUGUGUUUCAAUAUCCAACUAUCAGCCAGUCGGAGUUGGAAACAGUGCUGAAUUACAUCCUUUCGUGGCCACAAAGGCAAUGUAUGUGCUGUUAUCGAGAUGUGAAGAACUUUGAAAGGUUUUACUUGGUGGUGCAAAGUAUACUUUGCUUGUCUGUGUGCCAACUGAAGCAACUCAAGGAUGACUUAAUAGAGGCUGCUAAGACACCGCCGCAAGAAGAUGCACAGGAAAAGAAAACCUCUGAACCUGCUAGCCCACCUAAAAGUGAGGAGAAGAACAAUGACGCACCAUCUGAACCGGAGGAGUCUAAACCGGCUGAACCAUCAGAGCCAGCAAACGAGGAGAUACCUCCUAAAGACAGACAGCCAUCAACCUCCAAAGAUGAUGGAGAAGUUUGGCCUAUGCAGCAGAAAGAAAAACUAAUGCAUAUAGUAUCAAAAAUAUUCUUGCUCAACUUCCCUUUGUAUUUAGCAUGCAAGCAUUCAGCUCUAAGUCGGUUAGAUGACUUGUCAGCUCAGGAGAUAUCAAAUUUAAGUUCUUAUUGUGACCUGCAUGACACUGAAAUACCAGCAUAUUUACUUAGGAAUGUUAGUUUGUUUUGCAAGUUGGGUGGGGUGUGCGCUAUGACGUCUGUAUUUGAACAUGCUACACCAAGCACUCUUCCCCUGUCCAUGGCCCAUGCAAUUGUAGCAGCUGUAGGUAACCUGAAGCUCUGGCUAAACUUCAGGGCUGUCGCACAGUUGUUUAUGCCUCUGAGGAGUAAAAUAUUGAAGUACAUGUGCAGCUUAGAAGACAAAGAUUUAAGAGUACCAGCAGUUAAAAGUAUGGCAGAUUUCAUGUGGGGAGCAGCAAAAGAACCGUUAGACGCGCCACUAGCUUUCGACGGGGAUGGUCUUGCGCUAGCGUUCAAGUAUUUUAACAGUAGCACGUUGACGAUGCGGCUGGCGGGCGUGGCUCAGAUCAACGCGCACAUAGCGGCACAUAAUGAACUGUGUGCCGGUGAACCGGCGGUUGAUGCUGAACUGGCUGGCCAGCAGCUGGCGUCGUGGCUCACCAAUAACAACAUCAUCGAACAUCUAUUCGGGCCUAAUUUACAUGUAGAGGUAAUAAAACAGUCGCACAUGAUACUCAAGUUCCUGGCAGUGGAGGGCCGGGUGACCCCGGAACACGUGGAGCUGGUGUGGGCGGCCGCGCAGCUGAAGCACUGCGGCCGCCAGGUGUACGACCUGCUGCCUGGGUUCAUACGAGCACUCGCGCCCAAGCCCUGCGCGCAUCUCUACAGCCUGCUCUGCUCGCUGCCGCCUAAAGAACACACUGAACAGAGCCUGUACCUGGCGUCGGCGCUGAUGCGCGCCAUGUGGGCCCGCUGCGGCGGCGCGGGCGGCGCGGCGGGCGCGUGCCGCACGCCGCCGCCGCUGGAGCCGGCGCUGCGCCACGCGCCGCCCGCCUGCAAGCCUAUACACAACUCCUCCUCCGAGGCCAGCGUCAGCAUGGACCAAACUAACUCCGACGAUGAUCCCUGUGAAGAGCUAAGCACAUCAGGCGAGGAGGCCGGUCCCACGCCAAGAAAACAAAGUAAACAUCAACGGGAGUUGACCGCGGAACAAGAAUGGCUGCGCGAAGGAGAAGAACUCACGAAGAAGGAGUGUGCUGCUCUGAAGUCUUGUCAGAAACGCAGCAAGCGCGCCGGCAGCAGCGGUAGCGCGAGCAGCGGCGCGGAGGAGCUGCUGCGCCCGCGCAAGAAGAAGCUCUACAAGAAGCGGCACAAGCCGGGCAAGACGAGGCAUUUCCCAGCAGCUCAGCUGAAGACGACGGAGCUGGCCGAGUCUGUGUCGGAAGUGGAGGAGGAGUCUUCCGGCAGCGACACGGCUCAUUGCCAGCUGCUGUGCGACAACGUCGACGCCAGAAGACUGAUGGAGCUGCGUCUGAUGGAGAGCUACAAGCGACGCGGCGACGAGGAGGAAGGCAGCGCGUCGUCCGCCAUAUCCGCGCACUCGCACCGCCACCUGCCGGACCUUGAUGAAGACGACUCCGCCUGCGAGGAGGAACUGGCGCGGCUUGCGGCUCAGGCACAAUGUCUGACGGAGUACCAGACACAGAGCGCGCUGGCGGGCGCCCUGGAAGGCAAGCGCGCGCGGCCGCCGUCGCCUGCGCCGGCGCCGCUGCCCUUCAACGUGGACGACGUGUGUCGGCCCGGGAACACGCUGCUCUGGGACCUGCUGCAGGACGGCAAUAUUGAACAACUCGGAGAAGGAUUAGCGUUAGAAGCAGAGAAGGCUCUAUGCGCGCUAUUGUGUUUUAGCACAGAUAAGUUCAUUAGGAUAAAGUUUAUCGAGGGCUGUCUGGACAAUCUGGCUAAUCAUAGGUCCGUGGCGGUAUCGCUUCGUCUAUUACCGAAAUUGUUUUCGUCAUUUCAACAACUUCGUGGCAUGGAUAUGCAUCAGGUGGUAAUGUGGGCGGAGCGCGAGCGCGGCAUGAUGCGCCUGUUCCUGGAAGACCUGCGCCACUACAUGUGCCGCGCACGCGCCGGCUCGGGCGACGCGGCGCACUACGCGCACAUCACCGAGCUCACCGUGCGCCUGCACUUCCUCACUGCCAUAUUUUCACCCGUCGGAUCACCGCAGCAUUUCAGGCUAACAGUAGAGCAAGUGGAAGAGCUAUGGCAGUGCCUGGUGGUAAAGGGUUCAGGCGAGUGCGCGGACUGCCUAUACUCGUGGCUACUGUCGCAUACCAAGUCGCCGGAACAACACGCGUUGGGUCUCGACGCGCUGAGGUUUCUGUACGUUGAGAAGAUGCCCACACUCGAUCCUGAGACAAUCAGCAUAAUGGGCCUGAGCCUAUACCAGCAGCUGUGCAACCUGGCGCGUAUGGCGCUCGGCACAGGAGACACCCGUGAUUCUGCGCACCCGCAUACUCUCGCCAUGGACCACCUGUGGAAGAUCGCGCUCCGGGCCAAUAGCACUGACGUGUCAAUGGGCGCAAUCCAGUACCUGAACAGUUACUACAUGGGCCAGCAACUCCAGCAAGAAGAUGAUUUCGUUUCCAAGUGCAUGUUCCAUCUCUCUUCCGCCGCCGAGCGCCUCAUAUCCAAAGAGCAGGACAACGAUACUUCCAUGUCGCAGAGUAUGAGCGAAGAUGGGAAAGUGGAGGAAAAGACUCCGGAUAAGAAGAACAUAUACGAACAUAUGACAGAGGAAGCUGCGUUGCAGUGCAUUCAGAGGGCUCUGUUGCUGUUGAAGACUCACUUGGAUACCUUCAAAAGACGAUACGCAUACCACCUACGUCGUUGGGCACUAGCCGAAUCGGGCGCGUGGGAGGGCUCGGGCGGGCCGGGCUGUGUGCGGCUCACGCUGCAGCCCGCCGGCGCCGGGCCGCGGGCCUCGCUGUCUCUGCACCACUCCGACCUGGUGGCGCAUCUGCGCGCGCACGUGCACGUCUGGUGGGAGAAACAGAUCCAAGGAGAGGAUGGUGUAACUGCUCUGUCCACGGAUGGUCCGCUUCGGAUGAUCACUCAAGGUCAAGAGCUGACGAUAGACUACGACGAGAGGACGCUUUAUGAUAUGGGGUUUAAGGAUAAUCAGUUGGUAUUCGUGUCAGUGGGCGUGGGAGGACGCGGCGCGUGGGCCGAGUGGCCGUCCGCGCAGCCGGCGCCCGCGCGCGCUCGCCUACCCACCCUGUUACUACUAGAUCCCACGUACUUCCAUCAGCUGUUCACACUCAUGCAGGCGCUCGGACAAAUGAAGGAGCCCGGCGGAAAUGGGGAACCAACAGCACACACUAAAGCGCAGCUGUUAUCCAGACGAGUAUGGGACAUACUACAAGCUGUGCCACUCAACCCUACACUGUUGGAGGCUUUCCAAAACCCCAUAGAGAGCAAGCUGCCGGAAUUACUUGACCCCAACAGCCCGCAGAAACUGAUGUAUUCGUUACACAUAAUAGACAAACUAAGCUCAACUAACAGUGGUUCAAAUGUAAAGGAAGUUGCGGGGACUGACAAAAGUGAAGAAGAGAAAGUUUGUGUGGAGAACUGGAAUGAACUGUUUAUUAAGAAAGGAGGGUUAAGGUUGCUGUACGAUAUCAUGAUGUCAGGUGGGCUGCAACGCAGUGAUGAUAGCGAGUGGAGACAAGACUGCCUAGCAUUACUAUUGCAGCUGUUGUGCCGUAUCGGCACGCUUCCUUCUUCAGACCCCGCGCAGACUCCUAAGUUACACCCGUCGUUGCUGUCAUUAAUGAGUGUAGAAGAAACUACUGAAAGGCUGAUCUCAAUCUUAUGUGAGGCUGCUACGGUGAAGGAGCCUACUACGUAUAAGACUGGAUUCUGGGGGCGAGCACAGGUGGUGCAGCACGCGAUGCGCAUGUGCGUCUGGUGGGCGCGCGGCGGCGGAGACGCAGUGGCGCUGGCGUGGUCGCUGCGACGCGCCGCGCCGCGGCUGCUGCUAGAUGACGCAGACCCAGCGGUACGCCGGGAAGCCGGUAGCGCUCUAUACCGCUUAUGCGCGGGUGGAGAGGUGGCGGUACUAGCACCGCUACUACAGCUGCUACUAGAACACCUCCCCCGGGCCGCGGACAUGAGGCCGCACCACGGACACCAUCCCCAUCACCACCACGAGGUUGUACAUCAUCAUGCAGAAGAAGGCAAAGAGCCGUAUGGCCCGGCAUGUAGAGAUUACUUCUGGUUAGUCUGCAGACUCAUAGAUGGUCUACCCGAGGAUUUUUUCAAAGAGGGCGCAACAUCAGAGGAUAGCGGGGCGCCCGACCUAAACGAGCUAUGUGAACAGAUCCGCUCCUCGCUAGAGAAACGGGAGAUAAUAGAGAAAAGAUCCGAACCUUGCACUCCCGACGAUGGUUUAUACGGACAACUGAGUUUGUUGACGCAUUUACUGAAACAUCCACUCAGGUUCAAGACUUCUGAGCAAGGGAAACGGACAUUGGAGAUGGUUUUCGGUUUUCUAUUCGACGUACCUAACCCAGAUAAACGAAACCUACCAAAGUGUAAAUCGCAAAAGUCGCGGGCGGCGGCGUAUGAUUUACUAGUUGAACUAGUUCGGGGCGCUCCCGAUAACUACAUGGUGCUACACAACAAACUUAUGGAGCAUCACAAACCGGGCCAUCAGUCCUCGUACCCAUGGGACUACUGGCCGGCGGAAGAAUCUCGCUCGGAGUGCGGGUACGUGGGCCUGACCAACCUGGGCGCUACGUGCUACAUGGCGUCGUGCAUGCAGCACCUGUACAUGAUGCCCGGCGCGCGCGCCGCCGUGCUGUGCGCGGACCCCGCCGCCAGCAGGCACGCCGCCACUCUGCAUGAGAUGCAGAGGAUGUUCGCUUAUCUUAUGGAAAGCGAGCGCAAGGCGUACAACCCGCGCAGUUUCUGCAAGGUCUACCAGAUGGACCACCAGCCGCUGAAUACGGGCGAGCAAAAGGAUAUGGCAGAGUUCUUCAUCGACCUUGUGUCCAAGCUGGAAGAGAUGACGCCGGAGCUCAAAAAGCUCGUGAAGACGCUCUUUUGUGGUGUGCUUAGCAACAACGUUGUGUCUUUGGAUUGUCCCCAUGUAUCGCGGACGCUGGAAGAGUUCUACACGGUUAGGUGUCAAGUGGCGGAUAUGCGAAACCUGCAUCAGAGCUUGGAUGAGGUUACCGUCAAGGAUACGUUGGAAGGAGACAACUGUUACACUUGCUCGCAGUGCGCUGCUAAAGUGCGCGCCGAAAAGCGGGCGUGUUUCAAAAAGCUUCCUCGGAUAUUAUGCUUCAACACGAUGCGGUAUACCUUCAACAUGCUCACGAUGCUCAAGGAGAAAGUGAACACGCACUUCUCGUUCCCGAUGCGGCUGGACAUGUCCGGUUAUGUGGAGAAACACCUGAUGCCUGCGCAGUAUCAAGAAGAAAAAAGGAAAUUAGCGGAAGACAAGAAAGACCGCGAGAACAGUCCUAACAGCGAACCUGAAGAAACGUCGGACUCCGAGGAGCAUUACGAGUACGAGCUAAUAGGUGUUACGGUGCACACGGGUACAGCGGACGGCGGCCACUACUACUCGUUCAUCCGGGACCGCGAGCACGAACACCACGACCGGUGGCUGCUGUUCAACGACGCCGAGGUCAAGCCGUUUGACCCCGCGCAUAUUGCGGCAGAGUGCUUCGGUGGAGAGAUGACUAGUAAAACAUACGACUCCGUGACGGACAAGUUCAUGGACUUUUCGUUCGAGAAGACGAACAGCGCGUACAUGUUGUUCUACGAGUUGACGUCGCCGCGUGUGCAGAGGGGCUCCGAUAGCGGGCAGAUAGAGGAGCCACAGUCAUCGACAGCAGAAGAGAACACAAGCGCGGCGGUAGAGCGACGCAGCAGCGAGUCCUCCCCAGCCGUGCAGCUGCCACCGGACCUGCUCAAGUGGAUCUGGGACGACAACAUGCAGUUCCUACACGACAAGAACAUAUUCCAACACGCGUACUUCACGUUCAUGGGGCAGAUGUGCAGUUCAGUGCCGCAAUCCUUGCUAACUCUGCGUCCGGAGAUCACGGAAGUGGCUGCCCGGCUGUCCACUUCAUUCUUUAUUGAAACUUUCAUACACGCCAAAGAAAAGCCAACAAUGGUGUCAUGGGUGGAGCUGGUGACGAAGCAGUUCAACGCGUCGGCGGCGGCGUCCGAAUGGUUCCUGGGACACAUGGCCGACGACACGUGGUGGCCCAUGCAGGUGCUCAUCAAGUGCCCCAACCAGAUGGUGCGACAGAUGUUCCAGCGGCUCUGCAUGCAUGUUAUCCAGAGGCUUAGAUCUAGUCAUUGUGCCUUAUACCUGCAAGGUAUGGAGGAGGGAAGCGAGGAUAACAGCAAGCUGGGCGAGGCGAGUUGUGUUACUAGGUUUAUAAGGAUGUUGUUAUCACUGAUGGAAAACGGCGCGCGGUCACAUCUGAGGCACUUGACGGAGUACUUCAGUUUGUUAUACGAGUUCAGCAAGAUGGGCGAGGAGGAGGGGCGGUUCAUGCUGAGAAUCAAUGCCAUAGCCAGUAUGGUUAGCUUCUACCUCGGGCAUAAUUCUAAUUCGGUGGAAUCACCAACAGAGGAAGCGAGUGGUAGCGGCGGGAGCAGCGGCAACACAGAGAGCGCGGGUGACAAGCUACGACCCGGGGCUCUGGACAAGAUGGUGGCGCUAGUGGCCGGAUUAGUAGAGCGGUCCCGUGACGCCAGUGGACACUUAGCACUGUCGACGGCUGAUGCCAGGGCGCUGCUGCAUGCUAAGGGUUUCCCGUUCAUCUACCAGCAGACGCGCGACUGUCUGAACCUGCAACAGACGCGGGCGUUGGUGUUCGCGCUGUGUCGCUGGAACGAGCCGCUCGCGCAGAAAAUCGUCUCCAUGAUCUUCCAGGCCAUUGCUAAGCAUUCAGAGACAUGCGGUCCCUUCUUCAAGCUGCUCACCCUGUUAGUGGAAGGCAGCGGGUGCGGCGCGGGCGCGGCAGGUGGUCUCCCCUGCUUCACACAACUCGUGCUGGCGCGGCUGUGGGACGUGGCCGACGUGUGUCCACACGCGGCCCUCGAGUGGCUCGCUCUCCAGGUGCCGCGCAACAAAGCUGCGCACGCGUGGGCCCUGCGGACAGCGGACCGCUGGGUGGAGCAGCAGCUGCUGGCAGCCGGGGCAGCCCGCGUGCGGGCCGCGGCCGCGCUGCUGCUAGUGGCGCUGGUGCCCUCGCAGCACUUCCGCGCCGGGUACGCACGUGCGCGCCCGCAGCCGCAGCCGCACCACCUCGCCAAACUGCCUGACACUGCGCAUCACACGUUGCACCAGGUGUACACGAUGCUACUGGGAAAGUUGAAGGUGGCGCGCAAGUACACGGACAUAGCGGUGCACGGGACCAUGAAGCUGACUGCAUACUUCGGAGUCAUGUCCUACUGCGUCGUCAGCCGGGUCGAGAAGCUUAUGUUCGGCCAAUACUUCAACGAUCUGUGGGAGCUGUACCACCCGACGAUAUCGGAGCCGUCAGUAGCGGUUCACCCCAACAAGCAAGCGCUGCUCACCUUCUGGCACGCCGUGUCCGUGGACUGUGUCGAGAACGUGCAGCUAGCAGUAGCUAACCAACGGCUGACUAAGCAUAUCGCAUUCAAUUACAUACUAGCGGACCACGAAGACGGCGAGGUGGUGGCGUACAACCGCGCGAUGCUGCCGCCGUACUACGCGCUGCUGCGGCUGUGCUGCCGGCGAUCCGCGGCCUUCGCCAGGCAGCUGGCCAUGCACCAGAACAUACACUGGGCCUUCAGGAAUAUAGCCCCACACGCGCACCUCUACCCUGCCGCCGCUGAUGAGUUACUCAAACUGGCGCGUAUCCUGGCAUCGCGCGGUGGCGGCUCGAGCAGCUCGGGCGGCGGCACGACGGGCAGCAGCACGGCCACCGCCAGCGCCGACGCCUCCGACGGCAGGGAGGCGGCUGCCUUCCGGCGGAGUACGCUCUCCGCGUACUUACAGGGUUUAAACGGCCGGACGUGUUGGACGACGUUAAUAUCAGCAUUCUGCACGUUAGUGGAGAAUGAAGACGACAGGCUGUAUGUUGUUUAUAACGGAGGGUUGCAGAUGACCUUUGAGGCGCUGCACAGCCUGCACGCCGUGUACGUGGAGGGCGGCGGCGGCGGCGCGGGCGUGCGCGGCGAGCUGGCGGCGGCGCUGCGCUGGGCGCGCGCGCUGUGCCGCACGCUGCGCACGCGCCGCGACCCCAAGGAGGCGCGCGCGCUGCUGCUGGCCUGCAAGGACUGGCCCGAGUGCGCGCGCCGCCUGCUCACCGUGCUCAACCUGCAGCGCCACGCGCACACCUGUCUGCAUGCGCUCGGAGUGCUCCGCGAGCUGGUGCUCAUCGGCGGCGGCGCGGCGCUGGGCGCGCUGGUGCCGCUGGCGGCGGGCGCGCACUGCGCGGCGCGCGGGGCCCGCGGGGCGCGGGGCGCGGCGCGCGCGCGCGCCCGCCUGCACGCCUGCGCGCCGCGCGCGCCCGCGCCGCCGCCCGCGCCCGCGCCGCCCGCGCCGCCGCUCGCGCCCGUCUACAGGCCCUACCACAAGUUCAUAGACACGUGUUGCCGCGUGGCGCGUAGCCAGCGCUGCAUGUCGGAGCAGCUAGUGCUGCUGUCAGCGCUGUGUGCCCUGGAGGCCGUGCCGCUGCGGUUCAACUACUUCGCCACCUUCUGGAGAGACGUCGCCGACUCCCCGGCGGACUCGAAGCUAGAAGAGAUGCUGCUAGAGUGCAGCGUGUUGACGGAGUACAUAGACGCUGUAUUACUGGACGAGCGGGAGUCGUUGGAGGACCCCGCCAUUUACGCCUUCAUGCAGCAUUACUAUCCUAAGUUGGGCACGAGUACAAACGCGGCAGGCGCGGGCGCGGGCGCCGCGUCCGCGGCAGGCGCGCUGGAGGCAGUGGCGGAGGAAGUAUGCGGGGCGGCGUCGCGGGCGCCGUUAACGGCCUUGCUGGGGCCGGUGCGGGCGCUGCUGGUGCUGGCGCGGCCGCGGGUGGCGCCUACCGCUGCUAAACACAUGCAGCGCAUCGCCACCACUAUACAGCAGCGCCUGCAGCACAGGACUGAGGAAGAUACGUCCGAACCUGAGACACCAGCGGAGCCGCCCCCGGAGGCGCCGCGGUGUCACACGCCGGAGGGCAGUUCUGCAGACGAGCAGGCGGACGAGUUAGCGGACGAGGACUCGCCCGACGAGGCGCCGCGACCGCCGCGGCCGCACGACACACGCGCCCUGCUCACCCAAGCUGUGCAAGAACUAGCCACCCUCGCCACGAAAGACGCGCCCGAAACCAGCUAAGGUAUUAACGAACUUUGGAAGGUGAACUGACGGUGUCGACUGAGUGAACACUCCAGAAAGGCUGAACACAAUUAGGUUGUAAGGUAGGUGGGACAGUGCAGUGAAAAGCGGAAAGGAGAUUCCAUCACAUACGUUACGGGCGAAGCAUGUUCAAUAGUGAUCUAACUGAUAUUUUCGAAUACGAACGGUUUUCAAUUCCAGAACAAGUGAUUUGGCUGUUAGCAACUUUUGUAGUAUAAAGUGACAUGGAUAAUAAUUGAGAAUGGAUUGAAGGAAUUGACUCAAUUUGACUCAUCGAUAAAAAUGGGAUUUACAUAUUUGUGAGUACACUGUAAGAUUGUCGAGUACAACUUCAUCACUUCUUGACUCUUUUAUCUGUGGCGUCCAUAAAUAAUAAACAUUUCUUUUCCUUCUUUAAUAUUUCUUCUUAAAAAAUUCAGCGACCUUUAUAAUCUGGUGGAUCUUUGCCAUUCAUGCUUGGCCCGUAAUACGCUUUAAUUAAUGAAAAGUUAUUGACGAAGUGCAAACUAAUAUGAUAAAGGUUACAAAACCUUUCGCGGAAUAUUAUGUAAGUCUAUUGUAUAAAUAUAGAUUCGUGGUUGUUGUAAUUCUGUUCGUACGGCAGUGGUAUAUCUGUGGGUUCUUGAUGAAUAUUAAUUUGUAUCUAAAUUGUUCUUGGAGGUUGAUUUAUUGAUUGCUAGGAAAACAAAAGUGCGUAGCUUACUCGACUUACUUGUGAAGUAGCAAGGUCUAGGAAUACUCUUUGCGACACUUAGGAAGUAAAGUUGCUGGUUACCCCUCUUCACUUUGUGUUUGUGUGACACACCCCGGACACUUCAUACAAACAAACCUCGUUUUACACAGACACUACACAUUGACAUUAUCGUGCACGCGCAUCUGUGUGUGUGUGACGUUUGACACCAUACGAUUCAAGUCUAAAGUAUGUUCGGGGGGGGGGGGGGGUGAGGUAAACCUAGCUCAGUCGCAAUAAGCAGUAUUAUUCCUUAUUCUAUGCUUCAGGCAAAGCCUUGUCGCCUAGCGACGUUAUUCAUGUUCCAGUUAGAUGCCUGGAAUAACCAUACUGCCUAAAGGCCUGGGCAGUUGUACUAUUUGUGUUAAUUCGCGUAGAACAACGUGCAGCUACUUUUUUCUGUCUGGUUCUAACAGACCCAAUUACGUCAAACAGUUUAAUUUUCCAAUUUGAUUCUAUGGCAAGAGUAUUCCAUUAUCUUGAUACAUCAGCGGUAAUUUAGCAGAACUAGCGAUAGUUUCGCACCAACGCUGCGACCGAGCAUUCCACAAUCUGAUUAACAUCUGUACAGGGCGAAAGAUGAUCACUAACAUUUUGGGCUGAUCAUCAUAGGUAUAAUGGCACAUGGCUUCGUUACUUUAUUUUGUCAUACAAAAACUCAAAAUGGUAGCUUGUUAAAACUAAUAUUUUUACUACGGACGCACAAGACGGCCAGACCACCAGGUCGUCCACGCUGCAUGAGGCCUGGCAGUGGUAUUUCUGUCUUAAAGCCUAAUGCCUCACAGCGCCUGAUUCACCACUUGCUGAUAAGUGUAUGUUAGCCUAUCCAAAACUUAUCCCGCUUAUGGUAGCACUGCUAUCAGACGCUUAUCCGGCAGAUAGGCUAUCAGGCAGUUUUAUCAGCAAGGUAGACUUCUUAGAGCCCAAUUCGUUACUGAUCAUUUUCAUAACUGGCAAGGAGUGGGUAUGUAAACUGUACUAUAGCUCUACCCCUUCGGGGAUAUACUCGUCAUGCUAUGUUUUUUAUCUUCAUAUAUAACACACGCUACUACAACAACGAAUUAAUGUGGUUUUACUACUUGAUUCUUCAGUCUUUGUGUUUCUAUUCAAUGGUUCUUUGGAGCGAUAUUAAUUUGACUUGAAAGCUAGGAUCAGGUUGACAUCAAUAGUAAUCAAAAAGAACUUCAUACUUUGGCUUUGAUCGUGAUGAAAGUUAUUAAUGAUAAGUAGGUAAAUAACAAGUCACACAAACACAAAAUGGGUUCGAGUUAUAUGUCCAAAAAUGAGAGAAGACACUUAGAUUCUCUUUAAAAAACCGCCUUAAAAUUAUAAGCAGACGAAAAUCAGACGUUGCUUCGUAUGUGUCUGUUCUAUAAAAUUAGGAGUUUUACGAAAAUUCCGCUACUAGUUGGCGCCACUUCGGUAAGAAGUCUCCCAUCUCAACCAUAUGCGCUAUCAAAACGUGACGUUAUUUUAGAAAACCCUCAUUGAUCAUCCCAUCAAGCUUAGGUUUCAUUAGUGAAACAUAAUUCAAAAAUAUCGCUUUAAAAUAACCGUUGAAUUGUUAAUAUAUAUUGUUCCAUUUCACUGGCAGCUACGCGAGAAUAUAUCGAUGUUGUGUGUUUAAAUGUUACUGCACUUUCAUGUACCAAUGCGUCGACAUUACCCCUAACUCCUUGAUAGAUUUAUCUUCAACCUCUAAGUGUGCAAAUUCUAAAUCUUCUAUAAAUGAUUCAAUAUUUAUUAUCGUAAUGAAUCUCUUUUCAUCUUCAUCUUGCGAUGGAUGUACCUCUGACUACCCCAAUUGGGGAUAUAGUUGUGAGCUUAUGUUAUGUUAUCUCUUUACAUUUUAAUAUAAAUUCAAAAAAAUAUUUAUUUGGUAAAAGCUGAUUAUUUUAACGUGUUUGUCGCAGUAGAAAUAUGUAUUUUGCUUCAAUAGAAAAACUUAAGUUUCGGCUGUGACAGUUUUUAGAUUAGAAUAUUUGUAAAUUGAUGUGAAAAAUAUCACAUCAUUUUCUUAUUAUUACUUAUAGAGAGUUAUCAUCUACAUUCACUAACUACUGUCAUAGAAGUUUUAUAUUUAAACCAAAAGACUUCGUGUAUUUCAUAAUUGUAAUUUUAGACCCUAUCAAUCAUUUUUCGUUACAUUUCGGAGUAUUUUUUAUCGGAGCAAAAACUAGUCAAAAAAUGAAUAUUGCUUAUAAUAUUUCACUUCGAUUGUCGAAAGUAAAAGUAUAAUAUUAUCUAUAACUACCGUCCAAGGCUUGUACUUUUCAUUUGCACAAAGAUUGCAUAUUUUAUUAUUAGGCCAGUAGAAUUAGAACAUGGUUUUGUAAAAAAUAUUCCUGUUUUUACUUAUAUACAAUAUCGUUUUGCAAUCUUCCAUAGAACGUUUUUUACAUCUUAUUCUAUUUAUCUAGUGCAUAUGUACUAAACAUCUGUAUUACAUAACUCUAAGUUUAAGCUCAAUUAAUUGAAGUUUAAUGUCGUUGUUGCGUAAUGUUUCACGUUUACUUACUACUUAGACUAAUCGUACGUAUACCGAAAUAACUUUCCGUUGAUUUCAAGUGUUACAACGAAAAGUUGUUUAGGUGAACAUUAAAGACAAUCUCAUUAUUCACUGCCCAAAUGAGACACCGAUAAUGCGUAGGACGUAUAUUCGUCACGACUAGAGUUUAUUGUCGUCUAUGUAUAUAAGAACUUACACGCAGUUUUUUAGACAAGGAAACAUUUUAUAUCUUUAUAGUGUCACGUUUACGCUAACGCUACAUCAUCCAUCACAAGUCGGGCGGUAAAUGUUGCAUGAUAUCCACAAAUAGAUUGUAAAUUGAAAAUAUGUAAUAUGUAUUUGUCCACAUUUUGUAGCUGUCUAUCUAUAGUCGCAUGUGAAUCCCCUCUCGAGAAUAAGAAGCAAUAAUUGUAAUCGAAAUACGAAUUAUUACCUAAAUAGCAUCUUAAUUUUCAUUACACAUUUUGUAUUUUAUUCAAUAUAUGUAUAAUUGUUAAUAAUUGACACACUCGAUAGUAAAUUGUGUUUAAACUUUGUUACGAUGAGAAGACAGUCACCGGUCAGUUUUGUAAAAGGGUUAUGAUGAUGUAAUGUGGUGCUAUCAAUUUGAUGCGAGUGACUGGUAAUAAAGACAAAAUGUAUAUUUAAUUUUGUCCUGUUUUUAGAGCUUAUUAAUAUAUAUACCUUAAUAUAACUAUGCUGUAAUUAUCUUUUAUUAAUUUUAAGAUUAUAUCUUAUCUUAGUUUCCAAUGAAAUGUGGCGUACUGUAAGCGUUUUAUUGGUACUGCGUCAAUGGACCCCCAUUUCGUGUAUGGCUUGUAUGAUAAAAUGUUUGUGUACUAUAUAAUACAUCCCUCACGUUACUGAAACUGGAGUUUCAGCCGAAUUUAAAUGUGUUAUUGAAUUUUUAAUUUGUGAAAUUGGUUAAAAUACUGUAAAUCGGACUGGAAAGCCAAAAUAAACAGUAUUUUAUAAAAACAA